AUGGAAAAAUCCAAAAAUUUCCGCAUCGACGCGCUGCUGGCCGUGGACCCCCCGCGAGCGGCCUCGGCGCAGACCGCGCCGCUGGCCCUGGUCACGUCGCUCGCGGCCGCCGCAGCUGGCCCCGGGGGCGGCGGCGGCGGCGGCGGCGGCGGGGCGAGCGGCGGGGCGAGCGGCGGCUGCAGCCCCGCGUCCUCGGAGCCGCCCGCGGCGCCCGCCGACCGCCUGCGCGCCGAGAGCCCGUCGCCGCCGCGCCUGCUGGCCGCGCACUGCGCGCUGCUGCCCAAACCGGGCUUCCUGGGCGCCGGCGGCGCGGGCGGCGGGGCGGGCGGAGGCGGAGGCGGGCCCGGGGGGCCCCACCACCACGCGCACCCCGGCGCCGCCGCCGCCGCUGCCGCCGCCGCCGCCGCCGCCGCCGCUGCCGCGGGGGGUCUGGCGCUGGGGCUGCACCCUGGGGGCGCGCAGGGCGGCGCGGGCCUCCCGGCGCAGGCGGCGCUCUACGGCCACCCGGUCUACGGCUACUCGGCGGCGGCGGCGGCGGCUGCGCUGGCCGGGCAGCACCCGGCGCUCUCCUACUCGUACCCGCAGGUGCAGGGCGCGCACCCCGCGCACCCCGCCGACCCCAUCAAGCUGGGCGCCGGCACCUUUCAGUUGGACCAGUGGCUGCGGGCGUCCACCGCGGGCAUGAUCCUGCCCAAGAUGCCCGACUUUAACUCCCAGGCGCAGUCCAACCUCCUGGGGAAGUGCCGCCGGCCACGCACCGCCUUCACCAGCCAGCAGCUGCUCGAGCUGGAGCACCAGUUCAAGCUCAACAAGUACCUGUCGCGGCCCAAACGCUUCGAGGUGGCCACCUCCCUGAUGCUCACCGAGACCCAGGUGAAGAUCUGGUUCCAGAACCGGCGGAUGAAGUGGAAGCGCAGCAAAAAGGCCAAAGAGCAGGCAGUGCAGGAGGCCGAGAAGCAGAAGGGCGGCGCGGGCGCGGGCAAAGGCGGCGGCGCUGAGGACCCGGGGGACGAGGAGCUACUGGGGCCACCGGCGUCCGGGGACAAGGGCAGCGGACGCCGCCUGCGGGACUUGAGGGACAGUGACCCCGAGGAGGAAGACGACGACGACGACGAGGACCAUUUCCCCUACAGCAACGGCGCUAGCACGCACGCCGCCUCCUCUGACUGCUCCUCCGGGGCCGACUCGCCUCCCCCGCGGUCCGGCGGGCCCGGCCACCAGCCCCCGCCCCAGUAGGGGCCCCGCGGCCGGCGGGUGGCGGUACGGCCUGGAUGCUGCGAGCCCUCCCAUGCCCCCCGGGUCCGCCCCCCAGGCCCGCGAGCGGAGGCGGCCCGGUCCCGGGGGGCUGCCCUUGUGGGCCCCAGCAGCUGUCUGCUCCUCAAGGGACGGAAAGAGGGAGGCCCAGCAGGUUCAAACUUGAACUCUGGUUCUUUUUAAUUUAAUUUGGUUUGCGUUGCGGGGAGGUGUUUCUGAG